GUUCAUGUUUCUGGGCAAUUUCACAUAAAAUCAAAAGAUGAUUUGCACAAGCAGGCUCUUUCCUUAUUACCAAGCAUGAUUGAACAAGUUAAAUCUGGCUUAAGACACUCAAAAACCCAGCUGUUUCAUAGAGAAAGCAUUUAUCAGUCAAUUUUUCCACGUGUUGUCCAAUAUGGUACACAAUAUUGCACCAUACAGGCAAUUGAAUUUGAUCCUUUGACUUUGCAGAGUCUCUCUCUAUUCCAAUUGCCAGUUGGCUUCAAAAGAGGCAAAUAUAUUGUGCAUCCAAUAUGGCUUGAUACACUACUUCAUGCAGCAGGAUUUGUUCUUAACCUGCAGUGUAAUUCAGAAAACAUGUUCAUUUGUGCACAAGCUGGGGAGAUAUAUAUAGACUCAUAUAAAAUUGAUCUACAAAAGUCAUAUGCUCUUUAUUGUCAGCUUAUCUCUACAGACAAUGCCAGUGUGUCUGUAAAUAUUUAUGUUACCCCAAGUUUGGAUCCUCAAAAUGUUGUGGCCCAUCUAAGCAAUGUUCAAUUCCAGCAAGUAAAACUUCUAAAUCUCCAGAAAUCAUUCUCAAAAGUGGUUGCGAGUCAAGACAUACAAUACAAUGGUUCUUAUACAAAUAAGUAUAAUUUGUUGACACUAAAACCAGACUGCUCUUAUGAAGAUAUAGAUCACAUCCUUUUCAUGCUUCUUUCAGCACUUUGCAAUGUACCAAUCAACACACUCCAGCUAGAUAUUCAGCUUACUUCUCUAGGUCUAGAUUCCUUUCUUUUUAUAGAACUAGCUAGUGAGCUAUCAGGAAUCUUUCCAGAUCUGGAAUUAAGCACAUAUCAUCUCUCACUAUGUGAAUCUAUUAGAGAACUCUGCAAUCUCAUUCAGCAAGAACUAGCAGCUAAGAAGAUAGCAUACACAAAAAAACAAGUAUCAUUUAUAGAAGCCUCAAAUGUUUUAUCAAGAUAUUCUUCAAAUCUUGUUUGUAUACAAGAAGGUGUAUCUGAUGAACAUAUCCCAGUGUUUCUUGUUCAUGAUGGAAGUGGUCUGGGUGAUUGCUAUAAGAAUCUCUUUCCUAUCAACCGAGCUGUUUGGGCUUUUUAUAAUCCAAAAUUAACACAAG